GUGACGAUGCCAACGUGUUGAUAAGGAAACAAAAUAGACAGACUUUGCCCUCGGUGUAAUCAUUAAAAAAAAAUACAUGCAGGUAAUUCCACCGAAGUCAAUAAGGAAGCUAAAGCAGGUUACGGUCAACUCCGUAACAUCCCCCCUCUUCUGUUUAUAGAACAAACGAAGCCUGUCUAGAGACUAUGUAAUCAGGAGGAUGGGACACAGAGAAGGAAGUCCACAGCGGAUGGUUUCAGAGUGGCCUUGUGACAUUUGACGAGGAGCAGCGGAGCGUGUUCCUUCAAACAGCAGCACAUCGCGAGCGAGGGGGCAAGGUGCAACAAUGGUCCGCACGGACUGCCUUGAGAAACUCCUGAGCAGGGGUUUCGAGAAGCUGGGUGAAUUUAUCGGCUAUCACCCCGUGUGGUUCCUGAUCACUCCGCUCAUCCUCUCGGCAGGUCUGGGCAGCGGCUUUUAUUUUCUCCAGGGGAGGUUGUCCAACGACAUCGAAGAACAGUUUACGCCCUUCGACGGGCGAGCCAAGGACGAGAGGAGAUACAUCCAAGAGACAUUUCCGGAGAACGAUAGCACGUUUUCACGUCUGAGGCUGAGUACACUCGGGAGUUACGCAACAGUAAUAGUAUCGCAUGAAGAAAACAUCCUCACAGUUGACGCACUGACGGCAGUCCUUGACCUGGACUCGAAAAUUAGGCUGACGAUGGUUGGGCCUGAUGGUCACCAACUCCAAUAUAAGGAUAUCUGUGCUGUAAUCGAUAAGACUUGCAUGACCAACGAUAUUUUGGAUAUCAUUGAGAACGAUGCCAGCAGCAUCUCAGAGCUCAAGUUAAUGUACCCGUGGCAUCACUCAAUCCCUUUGUAUUUAGGUUUGGGCAACGUGAAAUUAAAAGAAAAUUCCAAUGUUGUGGAAAGGGCCAAGGCCAUCCAGCUUUUUUACUACUUAAAAGAUGACAACGAAACGCAAGCAGAUCUGUGGUUGGAAGGGUUCAUUGAACUGAUAGACGAACAACAAACAACAAAUGUUUCUUACACCACCUCCAGGUCACUUCAAUGGGAAUUCGAAAAAUCACCCGACGCUGUGAUUUCCUUAUUUUCCAUCACCUACGCCAUCGUUAUUACUUUCUCCAUUGCAACAUGCUGGCGGUUGGACAAUGUACGGACCAAGGUGUGGGUGGCAACGAGUGGCGUGCUGUCAACAGGUCUUGCCGUCCUGAGCGGCUUUGGACUUUUGUUACUGCUGGACCAACCUUUUGUUAUGACUGCAGCUUCCUGCCCUUUCAUGAUAUUAGGCAUUGGAGUCGAUGACAUGUUUAUUAUGAUCGCCGGUUGGCAGAGGACCAAUGUUAAGGACAGGGUUCCAGCCCGCUUGGGUCACACCUACAAGGACGCAGCCGUCUCCAUCACCAUCACUUCACUGACUGACGCUUUGGCUCUCUUUCUCGGCUGUAUCACACCCUUCGGCUCCGUCCGGUCAUUUUGUCUCUAUGCCGGCACUUGUGUUAUGUUCUGUUAUUUAUACAGCGUCACUUUCCUGGGAGCUUGCAUGGCUCUGAAUGGACAGAGGGAAGAACAGAACAAGCACUGGUUCACGUGCGCCGUCGUCUCCGCAGUCUCUCCGGCCGUCAGCGCUGCUUCCAGCGUGUGCGAUUUUGAUAUGAGCGUUGGCAAAAUCCCUAAAAAGAACAGAGGUUUCGAAAAAAGAAGCGCUAGACCCCCCAAGCAGGACGAAACCGGAAUAACGAGCGACAUGUUCGACAAGUAUUACGGCCCAUUUCUAACCCAAAAUCUGACCAAAGUGUUUGUAUUUUUUUUAUACUGCGCAUAUCUAGGUGGCAGUAUUUAUGGCUGCUGGAUCUUAGAACAGGGACUCGACAUCAGAAAUCUGGCUUUAGAUGAUUCCUACAUCGUUAAAUACUACGACGACGAGGAGCAGUUUCUUUCCGUGUUUAGCAGCAACGUCAUGGUGGCAGUGAAAGAGCCCAUCAGUUACUGGGACGAGGGAGAGAUGAAAGCUCUCAAAUCGUGCAUUUCAGAUUUUGAACAAUUGACCUAUUUUCAGAAUACAUCUGCUUGGUUUGAUACUUUUGAAGAGGUUGCACGUGCACAGAAAUGGCCCAUAGAUAAUGAGAAGGACUAUCGCAAACACCUGGAAAUGUUCUUAGAAAUUCUUCCAGUGUUCAGACAGGACAUAAACAUAAACACUUCAGACGGCAAGAUUAUUGCGUCUCGCUUUUUCGUUCAGACCCUAAACAAUGAGAAGGUCGAGGUCAUCAUGACCGACCUGAGAAUCACGGCAGACAAAUGUAACAAAUCGCUCCUGGUCUAUCAUCCCUCUUUUAUCUACUACGACCAGUACACCGUUAUUGUGGAAAACACUAUCCAGACCAUUGUCAUUGCCGCGAUAGUAAUGCUCGUCAUCUCGCUUCUCCUCAUACCGAGUCUCAUCAGCGCCGUUCUGGUGGCUUUUUCAAUUUGUUCCGUGGUGGUUGGCCUGUGCGGGUUCAUGACGCUUUGGGACGUGAACCUCGACUCGAUUUCCAUGAUCAACCUGGUCAUGAGCAUUGGUUUCUCGGUGGAUUUUUCGGCUCACAUUUCUUACGCCUUUGUGUGCAGUCGCGAGACGAGCGCUAACCGGAAAGCCAUCGACGCGUUGUCGCAACUGGGGUAUCCCGUUCUACAGGGAGCUGUGUCCACCAUUUUAGGAGUGGUGGUGCUGUCGACCUCUGGGAGCUACAUCUUUAGGACGUUCUUCAAGAUUGUAUUUCUGGUCAUCCUAUUCGGGUUGCUGCACGGCCUGGUGUUCAUCCCGGUGUUUUUGACCAUGUUUCAACUCCCUAAGAAAUGCUGUUAAAUGAGAUGUUUCAAGCAUGUUGU